GACUAGUUGGCGUGGCUGUUGAGUCUCUUGAUCCCGCCACGGAUGAAUUGUUUGUGGAUGAAGUUGACAAGUUCCAUAAUGAAAAAGACAAGGAAAGAUUUGCUAUGAUUGAGCCAAUAGGAAGUGAUCAAGAUUCUGAUAACAUUAGUGAUGAGGAAGAAGGUGUAUUAGACCUGAAUUUGAAAGAUUUUGAUGAAGAAAAAGAGCUGGACGAAUUGUAUGAACAAGAGUCUAGCGAUGAAGACAUUACAACAGCAUGGGGAGAUGACAAAAAGGCAUACUAUGACACCAACUACGCUGGUGGAGAAGUUAUAGAUGAUGUUUCUGAUGCGGAGGAGGCUGCAUUAGAAGAAGAACGUGAAGCCUUGGCAAUUCAGAAGCAGAUGAUUGCUACAUUGAGUGAAGAUGAUUUUGAUCUCAACAGAUUUCAACUUCCAGCAGGAGAUAUGCAAAAACCAAAGGAGGAAAUUCAGUCAGUGCCUCAAGAUAUCUCCAAACUGUCAAGGGAAGAGAAGCUCAAGAUUCUUCUGAGAGAGUCUCCUGAACUCUUUGAACUACUCGAAGACUUUAGGCGGAAUAUGUGUGAAAUGAAGGAUCGGACCUACCCUUUGGUGGUUCGGUCUAGAGAAGGAGAAUUUCCUAAUAAGAUGGGUGUUGAAUACCUUGAAACGAAGCUGAAAUUACAGUUCAACUAUUGCAUUAACAUUUUGUUUUACCUGGUGCUGAGAUCGCAACAAUAUGAACACUUGAAGCACCACCCUGUAAUUGCACAUCUAGUCAAACUGAGAGCGCUGGUGGGCAAAUUAAAGCAACUUGAUGACAAUAUGGCCGUUGAGGUAAACCAGCUACUCAACACUGAAACAGAGGAUGUAGCUUUGAUUGGCACAUCACGGACAGAAAUGAAACAACGAAAGAAACAAACACGUCAGCGGGGCAAAAAGCGUAAGGCUGAGGUUGCUGAAGAGGAAAUGGAAACAUGGGAAGCAACACAAGAGGAACAGGUGGAUGAUGAUCCAUUGGGAUACUAUGAGAGAGUAAAAAGAGAGAAGGCAGACAGGAAGAUGGCUAAAGCAGAUAAAUUGCAACCACAUUUUGAACAAAUCAGUCAGGAAGAAGAACACGCACCUGGUGACAAAAGGGCGAUUUCUUAUCAGAUUGCAAAGAACAAAGGUUUGUUGCCACAUCGAAAAAAGGAGCAGCGAAAUCCAAGAGUGAAGCACAGGAGGAAGUAUCGUAGUGCUUUGAUCAAGAGAAAAAGCCAGAUUCGUCCUGUUGUUGACCCUGUGGAGCACUAUGGUGGUGAACUAUCUGGUAUUCGCUCACAUUUGACAAAGAGUGUAAAGAUACACUAAUCGAUACACUAUCUCCUGUUCGAAAUCAACCCAACCAACAAACCUAAAAUAUCUCAGAUUCUGUCAAACGGACAUAUGCAUUGCUCUUUGAGAUGGUUUAGAGUAUAGUGUGAAUACAGUUAUAGCAAUUGUGUAUGAUCUAGUUUUCCUAG